AUUUUUUCUCUUCCACCAAAUUCCCCCGAGCUUUCUUCAAACUCUACGCAGGCGCUUCAUUGUAGUUCUAGGUCCUGCAAGCAGCCAAUCCACCAAAUUCGUAAUGCCUAAAAUCUUGGAUCUCCCGUGGCACGUGUUCGAGGUCAUUUACAAACACGUUACCAACGAUGGCGACUCUUCAUCGACAUAUGAUAUCUGUGAUCUCCAGUACGAUAGCAUGAUGACCGAGACAGGAAAGCUGAGAUUGGUCUGUCGACAAUGGGCCGAUUGGAUAUAUGUGCAUCACCUUUAUCGCACGAUGUACUUCAGCAAGGCUUCUGAAGCGAUGCGUUUCAUCAUCAACCAAAUCACCAGGCGUUCGAAAAACCUUCCACGGGCGAGAUGUCAAAAACUAGUGGUCUUGGAGAUCCUCACUUGGGGUCCUCCACCACCUCAUCAGGGAACACCAACCUCAAGGAGAUUCACACCAGCAAUGUUUAGAAAACCCGAAGAUACGAUCACGUUCGAGAUCUUGGAAGCUCUGAUCGAGUUGUUCUCUGACACGAUCGUCGAACUCAGGUUGACGUUUUGGAAUGUAAUGUUGCUUCCUACGCGAACGAUUGGGACGAUAGGGCGAAUUGAAAACCUGCGCGCCUUGAGACUCGGCCACGAGUUACCUGACCCAGCUUCACCACAGCCUAGGCUUUUUCCGCUUUACCACGAUAGUGACGAUGAUGACAUUGAAGAAGAAAUACGCCAACAUAAUGCGCGACUCGAUGAGGAAGAAAUGUUAGGCAAUCGUCAUCGACCUCCAGUCGACAUGAAUCCAGUCAAGUCCAAAAUCGAUUCUGAUUGCCUCAAGUCGUUGCUGCGAGUCACUCGAAAGCUGCAGUCACUCGACAUCACCGACUUGGAUCCUAUUAGUCUGCCGAAGCCGGUUAAAUCCAGCCUCUGUGGCCACCAAAUCCCGACUAUUACUCAGCUGGAAGUAAGCCUAGAGGGCAAGAGUCUAUCUAGACUCAUAGAUCUUUCUAUUAUCCUCAAAGGUACUCUGAAAGUACUUUCACUACUGGAUCGCUGGGAAGGUGAUCACAGUCGUAACCUUGUACCUGUCUUCGAAAACCUCCGAGAAAGUCUCGAAGGCCUCUUUGUUAGUGACGAAAAGAUCCUCAAGCCCUUCAUGAAACUCAAGUUCCCCAAAUUACGUGUCUUCAAAACGGGCGCGUGGGAGGGACAUAUUUCCAAUCUUUUGGAGAAACCUAUGAUAGCAUUCUCCCCCAUCGAAGUUCUUGCCCUCAAAUCAGAUGUCGUCGACAGUAAACCAAAAGGAAAAUUCCGUGCCAAUCCGUUUUUAAACCUGCCCACGUUGAGACGACUAGUAUUUUGUGAAGUCCAACCUGGUUACUCGCCGCCAUCAGCAUACAUCAAGGCCUGUAAUGCCCGUCGCGUAGAAUGCGUUUAUCUGAGCCCCAAGGAUGGCGAGGAUGUCUCUUUGAUCAUGAAAUUAUGAACCGGCGAGCUUGUGUGUUUUUGGUAGAAACCUGGAUUUCCAUUGGCCACAAGAUGAGACCUCAAAUCAAGUCAAUCCUCCCCCCCCAAAAAAAACAAAUCCAAUGUUUAUCUGUUGAAUGCAAAUCUGUGUUCUGCCUACUUGUCAGUCAAAAAAAAUGUCUCUCUGUUGUAAAUGCACAUCUGUGUUUUACCUAUCUACCAGCCCCCCUUCCUCUAUUCACAAAGAACACAAAUUGUUGUAAAGUUUAGCCAAAAAGACCAGAAGAACUAGAAUGCAGAUUUUGUCUCUGAAACACCCACUAGCUGAUUAGUUGUACUCUGUUCACCUUCUUCAAGCCCGCUGGUCAAGAAUUAUAUUUUUAUGCAUUUCCUAGUGUCUAUGAGUUACAGACCAUGCACAGAAUUUUCAGAUGCUAUCAAGG